UUUUUUUUUAAUUCAGUUAUCAUUUGUGAGUGGCCGAAGUCUCCGGAAACGUCCUCAAAAUUAUGACUUCUCUCAUAUUCUAUUCCUUCUAUUCUGUCGGAGAAAGCAGAUUGAUUAUGACGAAAUUCCUAGGUUCAACUACACGUAACAUAUUACAUGAUCACGCUUCACUUAUUCUGUCAUUUGAUACGUAAAUAUGUAGAUACAUAAAGCUAGAUAAAAGAUACAUACCUACACAAUAAUAUGUUGAACACAGGUUUAUAUUGUCGUCAUAAUAAAAGUUUCCAAACAAAAAGUUUUGCCAAGACAUUCAUAAACGCAAAGUUUAUGAGCUAUGGAAGUCAUGCGAUAGUUUCAUUUGGCAAAACGUCACGCAAACUCGCGGACGGCACCGAACUACUAAAAUACCUUCCAUUUGUCUUCUGUACCGAAACAGUUUUGUUCAACUUUGUAUUUACAUUAAAUUCACAUUUAAAUGGAAAAGUUCACACCAAAAAAGGUUUGAAAAUUCUUUAAUGUGUCGUUUUAGAAUUGCCAAAUUUUUAUGGUAGGUACAUGAGAGCUGUCGAUGGCGUAAUUUUUAGAUAAGCAAAGACAUUAUGAAACCGCUGUAUAAAUUCAUAUAUACCUUGUCUGGACGAUCGAGAUUAUGUGCUAUAUGUACCCAUGAACCCUGAACUCGGUUGUAAAUGUGUAGGUACAAUACAAAGAUUUGAUUCCGAACCCUUGAAGCAACAUUUUAUAAUCUCUUUAUCCAAUAAGCCUCGAAGCCAAUUUCGAAUAAAGAGUGAGCAGUUAAAGCCCAAGGUAAAAACACGUCCUCGGCACCACCGCGCUAAGCCACGUACUUUUCAUGUAAAUUUUAAGCUGUCGGUAUUUGCGAGGAUCUAACAAAUCCGAGUUGUUGAGACAAUUUUCGAGUUAAAUGCGGUCAAUCACGCACAUUAUUGUAAUAUAGGAUUAGGUAUUUGUAAGCGAAGGAUAAACCUACAUGUUAUCACCGAGACUCCUGAAAACAGUUACCUAAAUAUAUGGUUGUAAGCAACAACGAUCGAUAUAGCAACAUAUUUUGUUAAAAUUUAUUAAAAAUACAGUCCAUUCCUUAAAACGAUAAACUAUAUAGGAAUAAAUGUAAAUACGCUUACUUUAAAAAUCGCAUUGCCAACAUUAAUACUCAACUUUGCUAAUAAUACUUUGCGCGGAAAUUCUCAGCGCUAACCAUUUCAUAUAAAGAGAUUGUUCAACAGAAAAAGUUGGCAAAUUUGUCUCGCCCGAGGCACACAUUAUCUCUGCUCAUAUUGCGUUAUAAAUGGAUGUGAUUUACCAGAAGCUGCCGUGACUGUUAGAAAAUAAUACCUUUGUUAACGUCCUUGUAUAACUUUAAAGGAAUAACAUAGCAAACAGUAAUUAUUCGGUUAUUUAGGGACAUAUUAGUUGCUAUAUUGACCAAAACAGAUUUAAACUUUAGUACUUUUAGCACCAACAUACGUAAAUCAUUUCUCCAAUUAAUGGAAAAUUGUAAAAUGUUAAUCUUAUUGCAUACAGUAUAUUAUUGUACAAAAAUCAAGGCCAUCAUAUUGUGUAGGAUGCGAUAAAGCCAAACAGUUGUAAAGAUCGGAAUAAUUUUGUCCAAGCACUGAUCGCCGCAAAAAGCAACAACUUCAUAGAAUUGUGUUGACAAUCUAAUGAUAUACGAACAAUGACUUAGUUUUAUUCAAUAAACAAGGUCUAAUGUUUACUUGGAAGAAGUAACAGUCUCUCAUCUACCUUUGUACAAUUUUAUUUUACAAAUGAUUGUCCUAUGCGGGGAUCGAACCCGCGACACGUCGCGCUCAGUGGGUUUAGCGUGAUGUCCUCAACCACUCUGCUAUCCGUGCGGGCGUGCAGUAUGGAUAUGGGAUUUACUAAAAAAUAUCUAGCACCCAUUUCAAUCAUUAAAUAUUAUGCUAUUUAUAUUCUUUGAAGGCCCAUAAUACCAUCAGUUUUAACAAUUAAAAAUAUUAUAAAUCUUCCACCGUUCCGAUAAAAAACGUUAAUAAAAUUUCAAAGCAAUAAAAUAUAUUGUUUGUACAACUAUGGAAAUUAAAAUCACAGCGAAACGCCAGUUGUUUCAAAUAUUAACAUACAUGGCAAAAUCUUUCUAAACUCAAUCAUGUUGCUGCCAGGCGAAAACAAUCCGAAAUUUUGGCUCUUUAUAACGGUAAAAUUAGUUGAUUAGUUUGCACCCAUUUUGGUAUGCAUUAAUCACUAUCAAGUACGAACUCAUCCUUAGUUUACUUACAGAUAUUAGUCGCAUCGAUCAUUGCUUACUGUGAAUCAUCGGGGGGAAAAAAGCGUAAGUCUAGAUCGUUAUUAUCAACCAUUUACUUAGAUUAAAUUCUGACCAACAUUGAUACAAGCUCGUUGUAUAUUUUAGUUGAUAUUAAACUUGGCUUUGACUUAACACAAGGGAGCAAUGGAGCUCCUUCAAUCCGCAUUCGAGAUUUCAAAGGUAUAGAUGAUUUCGCGUCUUUUUGACAGGUAUCGAUAUAACAACGGACACAUUUACAUUAGUUCCUCUAUUCUAGAUUCAGCAGAAUAUAAUCCAAGAGCUGUAGAUGAUGCGAGCAGCAGCGAUAGUAGUAGUAGUAGUAAAAAAACGAGUCCGAGAGCGGAUUCGAGUGAGAGUGAGGAACGUGAAAAGCCCAAAAAAGAAGAAUCAAGUAAAGAGCCCGCAAAACCUGCGAAGUCUAGCGGCAGUUCGGAUUCCGACAACAGCAACAGUAACGAUGCAGCUUCUGCCGAAGAUAAACUACGAAGCACUAGAGGUUUAAAAGCCGCCGAUUUUGAGCCCGAAGAAGAAAAUCCUAAGAUUCAUGGAAGGUACCAGAAACAUUCUGGUUCAGACGCUUCUGAUGAUGAUGGUCGCCGUCGCAACAAAAGACAAAUUGGAAGAAUUAGUUACAAAAAGGCUAAACAUUUAUAAUUAAAACAUUUCAACUGUGAAUAAUAUUUUUAAUAAAGUUUUCAGUCGAAAUUACA